UUGAUAACAUUAAACAUUAUCCAAUCAUUUUAAAAAUUAAUGAAACAAUAUUAAAACAAUGUAUUAAUAAUGAAAAUAAAACAUUUACACAAACACUGACAUUAUAUAAAAUUACAAAAUAUUGCUGGUUAACAAUAACACAGUACAUUAAAUCUAUUGGUUGUUUUUAAAUUAUUAGAUUUUGCCCAGGGUUAUUUGCUUCAGAGAGACAAAUGCGGAUGUGCCAGGAUGAAAUUGUUGGAAAUUUCUUAGUUAAAUCAAUGGAAUACAUGUUCGUAAAGAGAGAAGGAGCCACAUCCAUUGGUGGAUUAGCCUUAGAAGAGGUUGCAGUUGUCAGGCUAAACAACAUCAAGGAACUGAUCUAUGACUACCUAAACCAAUAUGAUACGUCAGAUGAACUGAACUUUAAUAAUGGAGAGAUAUUUGUCAAAUUUGGAGGAGACAAAGGUGGCGACACAACAAAAUUUGAAUUGCAAAUUUGUUGCCUGGAAAAACCAAAUGCUCUUCACAACGUUAUUGAUGUACUGGUCUUUCAAGCUCCAGAUCUUACAGUCAAUAUUGAAAAGGGCUUAAAACUGAUUAUUGAUGAAGUGAUAGACUUGGACGGGAGCCAGUGGAUUUCACCAAAAACCCAAAUGACUCAUAACAUCCGCCUCUUUUUCUUCGGGGAUUAUGACUUUCUUUGCAGAAUAUAUGGCCUUGUGGGUCCCAAUGGGAAAUACAGUUGCAUAUAUUGCUUCUGUAGUCAGGAUGACAUCAGAUCUAACCACCCACACAAAGGUCUUAGAUGCCUGAGGAGCUACAAUCAAGAUUAUAAAUGCUUUGUAGAUCACGGUGAAGACCCAAAGAAAAGCAAAACAAUAUCUCAUAGUGUCAUCAGGCCUUAUAUGGUAGACAUCGAGUUAGAUAGGGUGACAAUUCCAGCUCUGCAUAUUUCGCUUGGUCUCUUUAAGAAGAUGUUCGAUAUGUUAGAGAAAAGCAUUCAUGACCUUGAUCUACUAAUAUUCAACAUGCGACAGGAUGCUUCACUUCCAUCUGGGCAACAUCUUGCAGAAUUUGAGAAGAGAGUUGUAGAAGCUGCAGAUCAUCGCAGUUCAUGUGAACAAACAAUCCAGUCUUUAAGUGAAAAAGUAGAUGAGUUGCACAAUGAAUUGUCCAGGUGCCUUGUUCAAAAUGUACAUGAUGCAAAAGUAAUUGCUGAUAUUGGCCAUCAAAUCACUCUGAAAGAACAACAAAUCAAGGAUUUGCAAACCUCAAUUAACCAAGACCUACGAUUUGGGACAGGACCACUUGUAACCAAGAUGGAUGAAAUCCUAAGGACAAACAAAAUCCCACGGCAGCAAUACCAUGGGAAAAGUUUUGUAGGUAACCAUGUCCACAGAGCCUGGAAGGUAUGCAAUCAAUAUACAUUUAGGGUGGAAGGGGGUUUUUGCCUCGCGUACGCUUUUAAAAUUAUUUUCAAGGACAGACAUCUUACAGUACAAGAUCUCUAUAUACACUAUAUUGAAAUGUUUAUUGUGUCUUCGAUUUCGCAUAGAAUCAAACUAUUGUAAAAUCGGAAGUAUAAUUUAAUUUUUAGUACUAUUGUAAAAUGUCUGUUUCGGGUCCUUUUUUUGUUA